ACAGCCCGUAUCCAUCAGUACAAAUAUUGGAGCAUAUUAUAAUUCCUGCGCCGCUACCCCAGGCAAAUACUCAAACGCAGCCGUCAGAAAUGGUAGCUUUACAUCCACAAUCCGCGAUGGGUGACAUGCAUCAAUUUCCAAAUAAUCCAGCUCAACAACAACCAAAUUUACCACUACAGCUACCUGUAAAUAACGGCGGCAACAAUCACUUUCAUGCCCCGUUGCCUAGGGGGGAAAAAGAUAUGCAAUUACUAAGAGAAUUUUAUGAACACGUCUCGCCGCCGUCUUCAGCAGCCAUCGACCGAGAAGAGGCGCCACCACCACCACCGCCGCCGCCAUCUCAUGAAUCGCCCAGAUGGCACGAGCCGUCCACACCCCAAGAGCUGGCGAUGUUAUCAAUGGGGUGUCUGGAGAAGAUGCUGACAAUUUUCCAGGCCAGACAAAGAAAUUCCCAACUCCAGACGGAGCGUUUAGAACGGGAAUUGGCUGCACCACGGCUUCAAGAUGAAAACCUGCAUCGAGACAUGAAGUUUAUUAUAAAUUACAUGCAAUUUUUAAAGAAUAGCUAAUUUUUCUUUUUAAAUUUAAUUUCACAUUUGUAAUAGUAGGUACUUCGGUAGGUACUUACGAGUAAUAAGUAAAACAUUAAUGUAAUGUAGCUAAUUUUACGUAGAAAAUACAUGGAUUAUUUAAUGCGAUUGUUGAUAUUAAUUAAUUUAGUUUACCUGCCACAAACAUUCACGGUAUAACUUUAAAUGCAAUAUUUACGUACCUACCUGAGUUCGAGUGAGAAUACUAAUCGAAUUAAUCAUUAUCACAAAGAAACACCAAAAUUAUUUUCCACAACACAUCGCGAAUCGGCGAAUAUCACUGUGCAAUGAAAUGAGUGCAUACGCAAGUCGACAUAAUGCGAGCUGAUAAUUUUCUAUUUUUACCAAAUGCGCGAUACCAAGCAGAACGUCUAUUCACCGAAACCUUUCAAUUCAGUUGCAAGCGCUACAUGCACCUACGAGCAUACCGCAUAAUCAAUGAACACAAAUAAUUAACAUGGAGAAUUCCGAACGAGCCCUACUACUAAACAGGCAAAGAACGGAAUCUUCCACCCCUAAUUUAUCCUUACUGUUUGCAAUUAUAUGCAUCGUGGACGUUUUCGGCGUGUUUCCCAUAGUGUCUUUACCAAAAGCCGUCAUAGACUGCGGCUGGAAAGGAAUCCCGCUGGUCAUCUUUGUGUGCAGUUUGCAAAUGUACACCGCAGUUUUGUUGGGAAAAUGUUGGAUAAUUGCCGAAGAGAUUCAGCCCAGGAUUCAGUCGAAGAACCGCUACCCUUAUUCUGCGCUUGCCGAAAUAACGUACGGGGAAACAUUGGCUAAGAUCGUGACGUUUCUUUUAGAUGCGACUAUACUUUGCGCUGGAAUACCAAACUUGAUUUUAGCAUCCCAAAAUCUACAGCUGGUGGGAAUGAACUUGACAAACAACGAAUUUAAUAUGUCUUUCUGUUACUGGAUGAUCAUAAUAGGGAUGGUUAUGUGUCCCUUCCUGUGGCUGGGGAGCCCAAAGGAUAUGAAGUGCCUCUGUACUGUUUCAGUUUGUAUAGUGUCGUCUGUUUUUAUUUUAAUAUUUCUCAGUAUUAUUUCGGAUGAUGGAACCGCAUCAAGUGCCAGAACUAUGCCGUAUUACAGCCAGCCAUAUGUCUGGCAAAACUUGCUGUCCGGUUACGGAAUUAUAACAUUCCAGUAUGACAUUCAUCCCACAAUUUUAACGAUACUGGUGGAUAUGCAGAAUAAAAUGGAAAUUGGUAAAGCCGUUCUUGGAGGAUUCUUUGUGUCACUUGGAUUCUUUUCAAUCACAUGCCUUGCCGUUUACGUUCAUUUUGGUACAGAAAUAGGACCAAGCAUUUUAGAAAUGCUCCCCAGCACGAUUACAGUACAUUUUUGUGCGAUUUUGGUAGCGGUUCAGCUUAUGUUAUCGUCAGCAAUUGGGAAUAGUGCGUUAUAUCAGCACAUUGAAGAUUAUUUUGGAAUCCCACGAGAAUUUAAUUACAAGAGGUGUAUAAUGAGGAGUGUCGUAGCUGUAUUUUCUAUUAUACUUGCAGAAUCAGUUCCAAGGUUCGACUUGGUUAUGUCUUUGCUCGGAGGAGCGCUUACCGGUCCAUUAGUUUAUCUUCUUCCUCCACUAUUUUUUAUGAGAAUGCUCACUUUGCAAGACGCACACUUGAACACUAUUCAAAUGGAAGCUGUGUAUAAUACAGCCGUCGACGAGAAAGAUACGUUACCAACUGACUUUGGAAAAAUUAACCAUGGAUAUUUUAAAAUUCGGUUUAGAAAAGCGCAAGUUGCUUUUUGCAUGUUUAUUAUAUCGUGCGGAUUCUGCACGACGUUGGCAACUACCUACUGGAAUAUUGUUAAUACCAUUAGAUACGUACAUUUUAGCCCCCCGUGUAUCGUUAACAUUUAUAACUCUACACAGUGGUGGCAGGUUUAA